ACGGUGUUCAAUGCUUGGAGUACCUUGGGGACCACAUGAGAGCAUCGCUCUUCAGCUUCGAGUCUGAAGAUUUAAAGCACAAUACUUGGACGUGGCAAGACAGCGGUUCAGCAUAUCGGUAACAUCUGGAACAGCCACCUGUCCGUCAGAUGCCGCGUGAGCGAGCCGCUUGCCCGCGUCCGAUUGAAGAUUUACUUUGCUGAUUAAUGCGCAGCUCUUGGCGUUCGAGCUUAACGCGACAGCGACAUAAAAAGUGAUCUAAGAGGGAAAAGAGUCGGAUUUUUUUUUGGUAAACGAAGGAUGAGACUGGAAAAAGCUGAUAUGUGUGUUACCAGGAAGCCUGGGUCGCACAAUUGAGAACUUAAGCUGAUGCAUCAGGAUUUCCAUUACAGAAAUGCAUGGACCGCAUCCAGUGAAUCGCCUCAUCAGGGAAGAGUGAUUAAAGGGGGAUUCAGUCCUGCUUUAUGUGCACGCAUCUGACUCAAAUACUUGGCUGUGCUUAAUUUUAUGCUCAUCUUUAAAACAAACGUUAAUGUCUUUAUGUAAAUUUGUAUUUAGCCUUUCACUGUAUUCUUUUUUUUAGGUUUGUGAGGGUAAUUAACAGUAUUAAUUCAGAGAGCCUACAGCUAAGGUUUUAAAGAAGCAGCAUUUUGGUAUUUGUUUGGUCUAGUUUUGGAAUGUUUUAUACCUCUUCGUUGAACUGGAACAUCUGCAUAAUGGUAAAUGACUUGGAAAUUUGAUUUUUUUGACUGUAAACUUCGCUGGAAGAAUUUUAAACGGACUAAAAUAUGAUCAAAUUCAGCUGAUACUGAGUAUGAAUCUGAUCCAGCGAUUCCGGAUAAAGCUGCCACUUCUAUGAACCUUUGCUGAAUUAGUUUUUGUUUUUGAAUCGAAUGAGGAAGAGCUAAGGAUCAGGGAUGAAGGAGCAGUGCAGGAUCUGCAGCGGUGACCUCUGCGGGAACCAGCGGCGUUGGAUCUUCCACCCAGCGUCGCGGCCGAACCUGCAGCUGCUGCUGUCGCAUGCCCUGGGCCGGGGGCUGUGCCGUGACGGCCGCGGCGAGUUUGCCUGCAGCAAGUGUGCCUUCGUGCUGGAGCGCAUGUACCGCUUUGACACAGUGAUCGUGCGGGUGGAGGCCCUCUCCCUGGAGCGCCUGCAGAGGCUGCUGGAGGAACGAGAGCGGCUGAGGCAGCACGUCAGCGCGCUGUACCGCAGGAGCAAUGGUGCCGUGGCGGAGGAGGCGGAAGGAACAGUGGGAGCGGCCCAGCUCAGCUAUGCCAUCCUACUCCAGGAGGACCUGGCUAACUCCGGGUUCGAGUCCUGGGCCAAGCAAGGGAUGAAGGGGAAGGGGGUGGAGGUGGCCCAGCAUCACUGUGGGACGGGUGAGACUGCAGGCCAGAGGCCCCGUAAGUGCAGAGGAUGCGCCACCUUACGUGUGGCCGACUCGGACUACGAGGCCGUCUGUCGGGUGCCCAGGCGGGCGGGCCGGAGCGUCUCCUGCGGGCCGGCUGCUUGUACGCUGGCGAGCGGGUGUGAGGAAGAGCCUGUGGGCAUCGAGCAAACACAGGAGACCCCGCGCACAGCGUCGGGUGGACACACAACGCCGGAGGAGGGAGGGCUGAGCCAGAAUUCCUCCGUGGAGUCUCUGGAUGUAAUUGUGGAUGUGGGUCGGACCCCCUGUGGGGAGGGGAAGGGAGAUCCGAAAGAGGAGUCCGAACCAGGGGACCUGGAGGCACUUCUGGCUCCGGCCAGACGCUGCCCGUACAGGCCCGUCCCGACCCGGCGUGGCAGCCGCCUUCCAGUCCUGGCCAAACCCGCCUCUCGGGAAGCCAGAGCCAAGACUCCGUACGGGGGCCCGCAGCCGAGGGAGUGGCCGGAGUUGGCGGAGCUGGAGGAGUCCUGGCAGGAUGUCUAUAUGGAGUACACGCCCUUCCAGGAGCAGACCCUGAUAGACCAGCAGCAGACCCAACUGAACCAGUACCAGCGCGCUGCCAGCCAGUGUGUCGACGAGCUGCAGAGGGUACAGCUGCAGGGGCAGUCGCUGCAGGCGAAAAUUCAGGAAAGUGAGGCCACCAAUCAGAGGCUGCGGGACAAGCUGAGGGAUAUGGAGGCGGAACUGCAGUCCUUGCGGCAGGAGCCGCAGCUGCAGGAUUGUGUCAUCCAGAGCCCCCGAGAGCCGCUUCAUGCCAUGGAUGUGGAGCAGGACCCUGAGGGGGCGGAGCCUGGUCAGGUGUCCCAGCUGCAGGCGGAGCUUCUGACUCUCCGGAGCUCCCUGUUCUCUGUGCAGCUGGAGCUGCAAGGCACCCAGAGGGCCCACAAGCAAACCGAACAGCGGGCCGCUGACCUGGCGUCCCUUCUCGAGCACGUCCAGGUCGACCUUAAGGAGGCGCUGCGACACAGGGAGGCUGCAGAGCUGCACAACCAGGAGCUCCGCUCUGCUCUUCAGCAGGCACGCUCAGCUGUGCAGGAGAAGGAGGCGCAUCUGAAGGAGCAGGAGGCUUGGGCACAGAUGGAGGUGGAGGCACGGGACAGGAGCAUCCACACCCUGAGGAUGUCCCUGCGCAAGAAGGCAGAGCUGCUGCAGGAGUACUCGGACCUGUUGGACGGUACGAGGGAACCCACCAUUUCCCGGGAUGCCCUGCUGGACAAGCUGAAGGAACGCAUAAAGGAACGGGACCGAGCUCUGGAGCAUGCCAUCGAUGAGAAGUUCCGCUGCCUGGAGGAGAAGGAUAGAGAAGCCCAGCGGCUGCAUCUGGCCCUCAGGGAGAAGGACAGGGACAUGGAGAGGCUGCGCUGUGUCCUGUCAGGCAACGAGGAGACUGUCACGAGUUUGGACGGCCUGCUGCGGGCGAAGCAGCUGGAGCUGGACCGUGUGACGGAGGCUUCCAGGAGCCUCCAGUGGCUGAAGCAGGAGGCGGAGAGGCGACACGGGCAGAGUCUGGCGGAGAACGAGGCUCUGAUUGGUCAGCUGCAGGCCUCACUGGAGAAGCGCAGCGAGGAGGCGGAGGAGCUGACCAGGGCCCUCCUCGGCAAGCUCUCCACAAAUCACUCCCUGGUGGUGGAGGACCUGGGCCGGCAUCUACAACUGAAGGACCGCCUGUUCCGGGAGGUCCUGUCCGACCGCAACCAGCUGGCCCAGGAGCGCCAGGCCGAGGUCCAGGAGCUGCUGAACACUAUCGGCACCAGGGACCAAUAUAUCCAGGAUUCGGCCGCUCGCCUGGGUCAGGUGAUCGGUGAGGGAGCCGCUGAGGUACGAGAGCUGCGGUGGCAGUUGGCAUCCAGCGAGAGGCGAGGCCUCGAAGCCGAGAACCUGCGGGAGCGACUGCGUGAGAAGGAGGCCGUCAUUCAGCAACUGAUGCUGAACCGUGUGGAGCCAAUGGUCGCGUCCAACCAAGGAGAGGCGGUAGAAGGGUCAUGUGACCAUGACUCCGAGGCCCGGAAUAACCUACAAGCCCUACAAGAGGAACUUCAUCUUGCCCUAAAGAAGGAGGAGGAGACCCAGCUUGAGCUGUUGGCCCUGAGAUCAGCCCUGGCUACAAGGAUGGGUGAGAAGCCCCCCAAGGAAGGUGACCGGGACACCCCCACCCAGAGCGUGCGUCUCAGCAAGAUUCUGUCAGAGUACGACACACUUAAUGAAGCUUUAAAGGCCGAGAAGGAGAUUUACCACAGUCUGAUCCAGAUUCAGCCUCGAAAAGCAAGCCCAGAGAAAACACAGGCUCUAGAUGUGGAACUGGAGGCAAUUCAGAACCUACGAGGCCAGCUGGAGGGGGUCCUGGUGAGGACCCGAGACACUGCGCUGGCCCUGGAAGAGGCAGCCAAGAUGCAGCCUGAUUUUGGAGAGCUCAACACAGAGGAAGCACAGGAGGAAGAUGAGAGAAGUGAAUUAAUAGACAGCGUUGAGGAUGUGGAUGACUUUGUAUUGACUGCUGUGGCCCUGAGCACAACACAGAAUGCUGUCCUCACCCAUGAACUGGGUGACCAGCGUAGAGGACCGAUGAACGGCAUGCUAUCCCAAGAUUCUACAAUGGGAGGGCAGGGCCUGGCGGAGUGGAGGCAUGAGAUGGAGCAGCUGGUGGACCAGAAGAGGACGGUGGAGAGGGAGCUGGGAGAGCUGAAGACUCAGUUGGAGAAGUGUGGCUUUACCUCCCUGUCACAGAUGAGGGCUGCUCUGCUGGGUCUGCGGCAGGAGAAUGAGGAGCUGAGGGUGCUGAGCGGGAAGGCGAAGAGGUGGAGCUCGGAGAAGUGUGCAACGGUGAGGAGGAGCUCGGAGGGACAUGGGAUCCGGGAAGAAGAGGACGGAGAGGAGGAGGAGGAUGUGGGGGAGCAGACAAAGGGCAACCCCACACAGGGCAAACGCUGUGCCCCCAGGGUGCAGCUACGCAGGGGCCGGGGGAAGAGGCAGUGUACCCGGCCGCAUUCCCUGGACCUGGGGGCGCUGCUGUCCCAGGGCCCGGUGGAGAGCACAGCCCAGGGGGCGGAGCCCGGCGUGGCUGAGGGCGGGUUCUGGCAGCACGUGGAGGCGGGGCUUCAGGAGCAGGUACAGCGGCUGCGUACGGACCUGACACUAAGCCGGCAGGAGAGCCGCGAACUGCAGGAGAGACUCAUGGUGUCGGAGGCUACGGUGCUGGCGCAGUCGGAGCAGCUGAAGGAAUACAGGGAGCUGCUGUCUGAGACCUCAGUGGAGCAGCACAGCAAACAGGUCCAGGUAGACCUGCAGGACCUGGGCUAUGAGACGUCCUGCCGUAGUGAGAAUGAAGCCGAAAGAGAGGACAUGAGCAGCCCGGAGUUUGACGACCUGGAGAUGUGUGCUGAUCCACCACCGCAGGACCACGGGGCACAGUGGUGGGCAGGGGAUUGUGGGAAGUGCGAGGAAGCAGAGGAGCUGCGGAUCCAGCUGUCACGCGCGCACCGCACCAUCCGCAGCCUGCAGGCACGCAUGCGCUCGCUCUCCACCACCAGCGACUAUGCCUCCAGCCUGGAACGGCCGCGUCGCAAGGUGGACUGGGCAUUCCGGGCCUCGCCUACCCCCGGCGGCCCGGACGAGGAUGAGGGCUGGCAGUCGGACGGGCCGGUGCCGUUCAAGCGGGGGCCUGGAAGAGAGCUGGAGGAGCUGGGGACCCGUGUAGCUUUGCUGGAGUCACAGCUGAAGAACAAAAGCAUCAUGGAGGAUGUCAAGUCUGCCACCUGGCCGGGGAAGUAUGGUACCCUGAUCCAGGCUCAGGCCCGCGAGCUCUCCCACCUGCGCCAGCGAAUGCGCGAGGGCUGCGGCAUCUGCCACGCCCUGGCCCAGCACCUGGACGACACCACCAAGGCCUUCGAGGAGCUGCUGCGAGGCAACGACGUCGACUAUUACAUGGGGCAGAGCUUCCGCGAGCAACUGGCGGGGAGCCAGGCGCUGGCCAGCCGCGUCAGGGCCAAGAUCAGCGGCCGGGACGACCUGGAUCUCCAAGUGGACAAGAUGGGGCCCGAGCUGCUGUCGCUCAGGCUGAGGAAGGAGCUCCAGCAGAAUGAUGACAUCAUAGAGUCUCUUCACUCCAAGCUGCAGCGCACCGACACGCCCUCCAGCUGCCACGCCCCCUCCGAGACCACCGACCAAUCGGAUGGGACCUCCUUUGCUUCGAGCGAGCGUGGCUCCACGAACGAGGAGCUUGGCUCGGACGUGGAUGUGGCCAGCGAGUGUGGCCGGGAGGAGCGGGUCCGGCAGUUGCGACCUGGGACAUCCAGCACAGAUACCACCCCUUGUGGUGGCAGCAUGACAUGGCACCCAUGCAUCCCAUCGUCCGCUUCUCCAUCUCAUGUGGCUCAGUCCUCCAGCUGUACCAGCAUGUACAUGCCUGUGGAGAGUCAGGAUGAAGGCCGAUAUUGUGGCCCUAUUUCCAGCUCCCUCCCCAUUCCCCAGUCUCAAUACUACCCAAACCCCCGAGGUCAGAGCAGAAACAUGCCCUUUGACCCUCACUCACCCCUUCAGGGUGUGGGCCUGUUCUCAUUGGCCGACGCCCACCAGGAGCUACAGAUGCUGCAGAAGCAGCUGGGAGAAAGCUUUUCACUGUCCCAGCCAAAUCCAUUACCUGGCUUCCCUCCAGUCCCACAAUCCCACCCGGAACCCACCACCUACAUGCCCAUGUCCCAUAAUGCCUUUCACCCAGCAUCAUUUGGGGUCCCCGAAGGGACUCCCACAUUGAAUGCAUUCACUAACCUGCUGGAGAGCAGUGCUUCAUGGGAUACCGGUCCUGUGCAGGGGGGUGGGUGUGUAAGUGCCUCUCCAGACCCGUCGGGCCUCCUGAGGGAAGUCCAGGGUCUGAGGCAGCAGCUCGAGGACUCCAUCCGCGCCAACGAGCGACUUCGCCAUCAGCUGGAGGAAAGAUUGGCGACAGCUUCCCGAGAUGGCGUAGCACCUACAAACAUCUACAUCCAAGGACUGGAAUCCCUCACCCCGUUGGCCAAUGAGAUCAGAGCCCUGAAAGAGGAGAACCUUGCUCUUCAGGCCCGGCUGCAGGCAAGCAGAGACACCUGCCAGGAAGCAGAGAAACUGCGGCCCAUGCUGAAGGAAGCAGAGUUAGAGGCGGAGCAGUGGAAGGAGGAGCUCCAGCGACUGCAGGCACACAGCUGCGAUCAGGCGCUGGAGAUGCAGCGGCUGCAGCUGGAGCAGGAAGUCAGCCAGGAGCGCGUUAAAAGGCUGCAGCAUGAGGCCUAUCUGCUCCAGCAGCAGCUGAGCGAGACCCAGCAGAUUGUGGACUCGCUGAGGUGUGAGCUGGCGUUUUACGACCGGAUGUGCCGGAGCACAGUGUGGCCCCCUGCAGCCUAUAGAGGCCGCGCCUGUCCAGCUGGGGUGCCUGCAGCUGCAGAUCUUGCAGACCUGCUGGAUGAAAUGCGCAGGCUGCGUACGCAGCUAGAGAGCAGCUACAAGGAAAACAGCAAGCUGCGUGCGCAGAUUUUGCAGCAGCCUGGCAGCCCGGGGGGCCACGGAGAAUCCCACCUCCCUGGCUAUGGGAAGCAUUUCUCUCACGACCUCGUACUGUCACCCCCUGUCAGGGACACUGGGCCCUGUGACGCUCCCCCCCCGCCUGCCCCCGACUACACAGAAGUAGCGUCGUCUGAACUUGCCGCCUAUGACCUAGAGCCACGAUCCCUCCUGGAAGGAGACGCAUCAGACGGCUCCUGUGCCAGCAAGAGCGGACACCACGCUGUGGGCCACGUCGGCGACUUCAGUGCCCUGCAGCAGCAAAUCCUGGAGGGGAAGGUCCUGGUGCAGGACAUAGAGGCCGUUCUGCAGCGUUCCCUCAAGUGUACCCUGUCGGGACCCGCAGGGACCCAGGCUCUGGACCACAGCCACCUGAGAGGCCUCCUGGGCAACACCAGAACCUUGUGGCAGAUCCUGGAAGAGUCCAGCUCUCUGCUUAGAAUGUUCUGGAGAGCAGCACUGCCCAGCAGGGAGGACUCUGCCCAGCAGGCCAAAGAGGAGCAGUCCAUGAGGAAUGAGAUUCAGCAGCUCCGCCAGAGGAUUCGUGACCAGGAGGAGGCGCUGCAGGGCACCGCGGAUAAGCUGCGAAGCAGUAACCGUAGCAAGGAGAGCAUGGAGCACUUCAUUGUGAGCCAGCUAUCGAGGACACGCAGUGUUCUGAAAAAGGCCCGGACAAACCUGGAGAAGAACGAGUACAAGCUUUCCACCCUAUGUUCCUCCUCUUCCUCUCCCGACCCCGGUAAAGCUGAAGGUCCAGGAAUCCCCUGGGAAGCCCACCGCUCAGACUGUGGAUCUGUGACAUAUCGCCCCCUGCAGGCAGUCAGUCAGCAGGUUGUCAGGAAGCGCACUGGGCAGUGUUUUCUUCCAGUGGCUGCUCACUGAUGAGUUCCCAAUCAAGGCCUUUUUUGAUCAGAGAAAAGACCCUUUGUCUUUUGUAAUCGCAGUUGGCCAAAUUAAUUAACGAACAUUGCUUGGCAAAACAAUUUUGCUUUUUUUGAGAUCACAGAGACUUUUGCUGUUUGAAAAGUGUGUAUUUUACACACAGAUGUUGCAUGUUGGUUUAUAUGGUUUGUAUGAAAUAUGGAUAUUUUAAGUCAGCAAGUUUCCCCUUUUUGUUUAAUGGCACAUGAUAGCUGAAGAUACUGAAUAUAUGGGAUUUUUUUCUGAAAGCACCAAAACACCUUUACACUCAAGUAUUGAUAAUAUCAUUUUUAUGAACAUUUAUAAAUGGGUUUCGCCACCAUUUAUAAAUAAAUGGCAUGGAGAAGAGCCCCAAAAUUAAUUUGUAGAGUACAAUACUGAAGAUUAGCAUGUGCAAUAAGUGCUGUUUGUCAACUGGUAUUACACCGGCUAUGCCUGACACUGGAACUAAGUGUUAUUUUAAGACCGUCAGUGCAAUAUAAAUGAACUACAGCUCACUCUAUAAUCUAUGUUCAUUGGAAUAUAGUUUUUAUGAGGGGGCAGUGGUACUGUGGAAAAGAAAAGCUGUUUGUAUAACGAAAGCCGUACUGUUGUUUUUAUUUUUGUUUACACCAAGCUUUCUCUUUCCUGUUAGCCUGUACCUCACAUGCUGAUGGGUAUCACCAUUAGCCACUGGCCUAACGUCACCUCCAACAUUUUGGUGGAGAAAUGUCUUUGAUGAAAUUUUGACUAAAAGUCUGAACGGGGAGGCGGUAACCAUUAGUCGUUUGGUCCAUUUAUCGGGAUUGACUAGGUAUUGUUUAGUUUGCACUUGUCUUUAUAAAUGGACCAAACAUUUCAUUUAAUGUAUAUAAUUUACACAUUUCACAAAUAAGAGUAUCUGGAAUAACUGUACCCUACAAUGCCAAACCCCAAUAUGGUAUUUUUGCUAGAAAAAUCUUUGUUCCCCUCUCACACAAAAAAAGAAAUCUGAAUCAAAAUUUUGGAUCUGAAGUGGAUAAUUGUCACUUUAAGUGUGAUUUUUAAAAACAUUGCAAACAUUGGCAGGGUCCUGGUAAAACGUGUUAAAGGUUGUACGCAAACGUGUGUCGUGAGCUGCUUCUCUCCAAGCUGUAUAUUGCUGUAUAUUUUGCAUUUUCCUGCUGUAAAUAAUCAGCUUUCUGUAUAUAUUUUUUCCUGGUUUAUGCUGGUUAGUAUGUAAACCGUUUGCCGUAGAUGCAAAUGAAAUAUCCUGGGUAGCUGUGCAAUAGAUUUUGUUUUAUUUCUCCCUCCUGAUGUGACACAUCAUGAGUUGCAAAAAUUGUUAUUCUCUUUUGAGUGCCAUGUUGUUUUCCACCUGAUUUUGUUCUCGUCUUCUGUACAGUCAAAUAUCUGGCCUCUCUCUUAAUUGAUGGGUGGGGGGUGGUAUUAAGUUUGUACCCUGAUGUAUUGCUGCUGUUCCAAUGCUUUGAAUGUCAUCUGAAUGGUCCUAGUUGUGAAACUCUUUUCAGUGGUGUCUUGGCGCCCCCCUGCUGGUGUAUAUGGAGUCUGACAGCACGGUCUGCUUUUCUCUUCCCUCUUUCCCAUUACAUCUGACAAUCUUCAGACAUUCUGGAUUUUUAAUACGCAAAUUUCAACAAAUCCUAAAUUGAUUUUAAAAGUUCCCAUACGCAUAGGUGAGGAAAAGUCGGCCAUCUGCUGUUUGAGCAGUUUCGCCAACCCAGUCCUCGAGGAUACAUGGACGGUCCACAUUUUUGCUUCCUCCCAGCUCCCAGUAACAAAAACAUGGACUGUCUGCAGGUCCGCGAGGACUGGAUUGGGAAAUGCUAGGUUGAAAGAAUCAGCGGUGUGGGUCUUGGUGAUGUCCUACCUCUUAGUGUUGUAUGAAUUGUACAUAGCAAGUGCCGAUUGGUUCAUACCUCUAAGGCUCCUUGCGAUAUUCUGCGUGUAAGCACAUGUUUUUGUGAGCGUGCCACCUCAGACCCUAUGGGCUCUGACUGUGAAUCGAUGUGUUGUGUAGGUCAGUGUUUCCCAAUCCGGUCCUCUGAGACACUCAGACUGUCCACGUUUUUGCUCCCUACUCGGAACUGGGAGGGAGCAAAAACGAGGACCGUCUGUUGGUCACCAAGGACCAGGUUCUGAAACACUGGUGUAGGUGGGGAAAAAAAGAUGUUUGAAAGCUUUGGCUUAGUAGGAAUUAAACACUACUGCGUACUGA